AUGUGGCUCAAUUACGUUCGCAAAAUGGAGAACAAGCAGCGUUACCUAAGCCGCUGUUCGUACGCGGUGCCCGGCCUGCCCAGAAAAUUGAGCAUCGAGGGCAUCGUCAAGAUCAUCGGCGCUUCCGUGUGCCUUGCCAGCGAUCUUUCCCAUAUAUUCAGAAUCGACCACUCCCUGAACGCAGAGAGCGUCCAGCACAAUUCUAUGUACGCGUUCUUCCUGCCUCAACGUGUAGUGGACGUCAUGUACAACGCCGGGUUCCCGUUACCUCCGCACGCCGACUACGUGGCAUUGCUGCUCACCAUCACCUCCGAAGGCCUCAUGUUCCACUUGCACCUGCAAGGUAAACCUCUCCUCAACGUCAUGAUCCAUACGCUCUUGGUUUACACAUCAGUUGCUCUGGUGGUCUCCAUCGUAGCCGAGAUGUGUCGGCCCCGAAGCAUUCUGGCGUCCCUGGGUAGAGCUUACGUUUGCGUACUGCAUGGGACGUGGCUAUUGCAGAUCGGCUUCAUCCUCUACAAUCCGCUGCCUGGAUACAAACCCUGGGACGUUGACAGCCACAUGGACUUGAUGUUGGCCGCAAGCGUAUUCGCGUGGCACAUGAUGGCUGUGCUGGUCUACGUUGGCGUGCUGGGCGCUGUGGCCUGGGCGGUGAACCGAACGUGCGGCAGGUUCUGCAAUGACGUCGUCUCCGUGGAUGCGGAGGAGGUCGGUGACCUUCGUGAAGCACUUUUAAAGCAUGGCAUAUGA